CUAGGGAGGGGCGUGUCCAGGGCCUGCCUUUCUCCCUUGUGUCCCAUGGCGCUGCGCUGGCUGCUCUGGGUCCUUUCUCCUUGGCUGCUGGGAGGAGGCUCUGCCGCGGAGGCUCCCUCUUCCUUGCCUCUGCCGGCGGAUGCUCUGCUGUCGGCCGGAGCGGAGGCUUACUCCCGCGGGGACUGGCCCGCCGUCAUCCUCCAGAUGGAGAAGGCGCUCCGGGCCAGGGAAGCCCACCGGGAGAGGCUGGUCCUCUGCCGGCAGAGCUGCUCUGCCGACGACGGGCUCCAGAGCCAGGGCUCUCCUUGGCCGGAGGCUUCUGCUGCUGGGCCCCAGAGGCGCCCGGUGGAGGACCUGCUCUUCUUCCGAGGGCUGCUCCGGAGGGCUGCCUGCCUCCGGCGCUGCUUGCCCCCAGACAGCUCCCGCUUCCAGCUGGGAGAGGAGGCCGAGCUGGAGUUCCGCAAGCGCAGCCCUUACAACUACCUCCAAGUGGCUUACUUCAAGAUCAACAAGCUGGACAAAGCCGUGGCGGCCGCCCACACCUUCUUCAUGGCCAAUCCUGACCACAUGGAGAUGAGGCAGAACCUGGAGUAUUACCAGAUGAUGGCGGGCGUCAAAGACUCUGACUUCGUGGACUUGGAAGCCAAGCCGCACAUGCAAGAAUUCCACCUAGGAGUGAGCUUUUACACAGAGGAGAAGCCGCAGGCAGCCGUCUUGCACCUGGAAAAGGCGCUGGAAGCUUACUGGGUGGCGGACGCCGAGUGCCGGGCCCUUUGCGAAGGACCGUACGACUACGAAGGCUACAACUACCUGGAGUACACCGCCGACCUUUACCAGGCGAUUAUUGACCAUUACAUGCAGGUGCUGAGUUGCAAGCAAGGUUGCACCACGGAGCUGGCGUCUCAGUCUGGUCGCGACAAGCCCCUCGAGGACUUCCUUCCGUCGCAUUUCAACUACCUUCAGUUUGCAUACUACAACAGCGGCGACUACGAGAAGGCUAUUGAGUGCGCCAGGACAUUUUUACUCUUCUUCCCGAACGACGAAGUCAUGAACCAGAACUUGGCUUACUACACAGCUGUGCUUGGAGAGAACCUGGCCAAGGAUAUACAGCCCAGAGAGAACGUCCAGAUCUACCGGAGGCGCAGCCUUCUGGAGAAGGAGCUGCUCUUUUUCGCCUAUGAUGUCUUUGGGAUCCCCUUCGUGGACCCGGACACAUGGACUCCUCCGGAGGUGAUCCCCAAGCGACUGAGAGAGAAACAGAAGGUGGAGCGUGAGACGGCGGCCCGCAUCUCAGAAGAGAUUGGCAACCUCAUGAAGGAGAUUGAGACCCUGGUGGAAGAGAAAACAAAGGAGUCGUCAGACAUGAGCAAACUUGUUCGGGAAGGAGGACCUUUGGUUUAUGACGGCCUCAGCGUCACCAUGAACUCCAAACUGCUCAACGGCUCCCAGCGCGUGGUGGUGGACGGCGUCCUCUCUGAGGAAGAGUGUCGGGCGCUGCAGAGGCUAACAAAUGCAGCUUCUUCUGCUGGAGACGGUUAUCGUGGGAAGACCUCCCCCCACACACCCAGCGAAACCUUUUAUGGCGUGACGGUCUACAAAGCACUCAAGCUGGGACAGGAGGGCAAAGUGCCCAUGCAUGGUGCCUACCUCUACUACAACGUGACGGAGAAGGUCCGGCAGGUGAUGGAGUCCUACUUCCGCCUGGACGUCCCGCUGUAUUUCUCCUAUUCCCACCUGGUGUGCCGCACUGCUAUUGAAGAUAAACAAGAGGACCGAGUGGACCCCAGCCAUCCUGUGCAUGUGGACAAUUGCAUCCUGAAUGCAGAAGCCCUGGUGUGUGUCAAGGAGCCUCCAGCGUACACAUUUCGGGAUUAUAGUGCCAUCCUCUAUUUAAACGGGGAUUUUGAAGGCGGUGCCUUUUAUUUCACUGAACUGGACGCCACGACAAUCACGGCGGAAGUCCAGCCCCAGUGCGGGCGAGCGGUGGGUUUUUCCUCCGGCGCGGAAAACCCACACGGCGUGAAAGCGGUCACCAAGGGCCAGCGCUGUGCCAUUGCUCUGUGGUUCACGCUGGAUCCGCGCCACAGCGAGCGCGAGAGGGUCCAAGCAGACGACUUGGUGAAGAUGCUCUUCAAUACAGAAGAAACGGAGCUGCCUCUGGAGCAGACGCCGGUGGCGGAAGGGCCACCGCCAAGCCCAACGAAAGCUGCCGGAGAGAGCCCUAGUUUAGGGAAAGAUGAACUGUAACCCUCUUUGCCCUGGCACUACGCCCUCCAUGGAGCCCAAGGAAUGGCUCUUCUUGAACCAUCAGGACUUCAGAUGCUUCUUGAACCAUCAGAACCAUCAGAACUUCAGACACUCUUUCAGGAGAGGAAAGAAACUGAAACACAGAAAGAGGGAUCAGCCUGUGGACUGGGUCCUUUGCUUGGCAAGCAAGCAAGACUGAGAGUCUCCUAGUGCCCAAUAUAUAUUUCCUUUGGACUCAAUGGCUUUGUGCCUUUCUGUGCUGGGGACAUAUUUCCAAUUGCACCACUUCUCUCUGAUUUCCUGGUUGUUCUGCAUCUCCAAGGAUGGCGCAUAGGCAACCAUUGGUGUGAAGGGGGAGCCUGUCCACAAAAUAUAGAGCAUGGAGAACCACAUUGUUAGAAGCAUCUCAUGGUUUGGAAGCCUACAUUUGUCAAUAGACCUCAAAUUCCUCUUCAGUAUUAUUACUGCAAAAAAUAUUAUUACGCUGCCUUUGUUGGGGCAGCACCUAGUAUCCCCAUGGAAUGGGCUUCGGUUCAACUUGAAUCAUUUCCCAACCCAAGUAUAGCAAUGUGAAGCCAAAGGCUUUCAUGGCCCGCAUCCGUGGGUUUUUCUGGCUAUGUGGCCAGGGUCUAGAAGAGUUUAUUCCUGAUGUUUUGCCAGCAUCUGUGGCUGGCAUCUUCGUGGAAUGCAAGUAUAGGGAAACAGUAAAGCAUUUUGUUUUGGUCCCGCGAGAGCUGAGUUCUAAAUUUCACACAUCUCAUUGAGAGGCCAUGGGUCAAUCCAUGUCUCAGAGCAUAACCAAUAAAGGUAUCUAUUGGUUAGCCCAGUGUGCACAUCCCUGAGAUCCAUGGUACCCCCCCAAAAUUAAGGUGGAUGUCACUUUUGUCCAGGAUCCUUCCUACACAGUUGCUGAAUAAAAUGUUUCCUCUUUUUGUA